CAUCGAAACGCGAACAACAAAAAAGAUCGCGUGUUGGAUCGACUGCAGCAAGUGAUUUUCGAAUUGUAGGUACUAUGUGUUGUGUAUGUAAGUGCUCAGUAUAAUGGACGUGUACGACGACUCAUCCGAUGAAAAUUUCUAUGGUGACGACCAUGAUUCCAAAGACUUGGAUCUUCUUAAGCAAGAAACAUUAGAAAAAUUGAAGAGUAUGCGUGAAACUGUUGAUUGGGAGGUCGAAUAUGAGCGAUACACAUUUUUCUGUUCUCUUAGAGACUUGAUUUUUAAUUGGGACUGCCAACCUCCAGAUCUCCUAGAUAUUUUUCGGCCCGAAGAAAUUGAUUAUUUUCUCUUGGAGUCUGUAAUUGAUACGUAUGACGAUAAAUAUUAUCAAGGAAAACGAUUCAUCAAGUUCGUGGCUCGCAGCAGUUACAAGGAUAAGCCAAACGAGGAUGAAGACGGCAAGCCAUCGUUGCGUCGCACCACCGCAGUGCAUCAUGCAGCUAGACGCGAGUUCCUCUGUGUCGUCAAUAAUUUAUUCAAAAUUUACAAUAGGUUUGACGUGAAUUACACCGACGAGGUCGGUCUCACACACUUUCACGUGGCUAGCAUGUCUGGAUGUGAAGACGUCGUCGAGAAAUUUCUCAAGCUUGGCCAGGAUGCCAAUUGCCUCGGAUACAUAACAGGUGAUUCGCCACUUCAUUUGGCUCUGACUUGGAACCGCGAAAGGGUGGCGGAAUUACUGCUAAGAAACGGCGCCAACCCGAACUUAGCCAACGCGAAAGGACUGACUUCUCUGCAUAUUAUGUGCGGGAGAGAUGACCAUUAUGACUUGGUGAAGAUGUUAUUCGAGAUUAGCAACGAAAAAUGUCAGAUAUUGCAGGUCAACGCUCAAGACAAGUCUGGCUUGACACCACUUCAAUGGGCUCUGCGCUCCGGCAACAAAAAAGUGGCCGAAUUGCUGCUGAUAAAUGGCGCCGAUCCAAAUAUGCCUGAUUUCGAGGGAUCGACUCCUCUUCACAGUAUUUGCAAAGAAUGCGACGACAAAGACUUAGUUGGGUUUUUCUUCAAGAUCGUCGAUGAAAUCAAGCAGACCGUUAAAAUUGACGCUGUGGACAAGUUCGGUCGGACACCCCUUCAAUGGGCUGUGGCGAGUCUUUUGCCGCAUGUGAUCCAUGUUCUUUUGGAUAAUGGUGCUGAUUUGUCUGGUUUCGUUUUUCCCACUUCGCGUUAUUUUGGCGAGAGAUUCGACUCAAAAAAUUAUCGUGGUCAUUUUAAAUUGGAACUAACGUCGAAAGCUCUAAUCAUCGUUGAACAUCUUGAGAAAAAAGGCUACAAAGUGGACCAAAGUGGCGCACUAACGAUUAUGACAUUUUUGACCAAGCAUGGUUGGUUCGAAAAGCCGUUGGAUCUUGAAAAAUGUUACUAUGAUAACGAGGAGUUCGUGAGCAAAGCAAAAGAGAUAGUGAUCACUCCAAGUCUGUCACUCCGUGACCUGACCCGGCUACAACCUGAAGAGGCAGCAAAACUAGUCACAUAUUCGGACUACUACAAGUUUGCAAACUCCUCCACAUUGUUCAAGCUUUCCGAAAGGCAUAGAGAGGCUUGUACUGAGCAUCUGUGCGAGAAACUAUCGAGAGGAUUUUUUCGGCGAUGGGCACUGGAUUCUUUCCUGAAGUUGGCCCCUUAUCCGCUGCCGAUUCUCUGUUGUGAAAUGAUCGUUGAGCAGUUAAUGAAUGAAGAUUUGCGGCGAAUUUGCUUGGCGACUGCAGACCAAAGUUGAGAGCUACGAAUCUUUUAUAUUCGAAACCAUUAUUACGGAUAACGAAAAAAAAAUGUAAACAAUACAAAUUAGCUGCAGCUUAA